AUUAUAGGACUGUCAAUGUCAAUACGUCAGCUACUUGCCUACUAUUUGUAAGCCGUGGUCUAAUGAAAGUACUAAAAUAGGCAUUUGUUUAAAAUAUUAUCAAUAAAAGAAGCCUUGGGAGUUUGUGAAAACAGGCAUAAUUUUCACUUAAGAUGUACUCUGUGUUGACGAGAGGAAACGCUAUUUUAACGUAUACAUUAAGCGUGCUAGCAUGUUUAACUUUCCUAUGUUUUCUAUCCACAUUAACAGUGGAUUAUAGAACCGCUGCUCAAAUGAAUACAGUUAAAGUAGUCGUAAAAAAUGUUCCAGACUAUGGUGCAUCAAGAGAAAAGAAUGACUUGGGAUACUUAACAUUUGAUCUGAAGACUGAUCUCUCUAAUUUAUUUAACUGGAAUGUUAAACAGUUGUUUCUGUAUCUGACUGCUGAGUACAUAACACCAUCAAAUGAGUUAAAUCAGGUUGUUCUGUGGGAUAAAAUCAUUCUAAGGGGAGAGAAUGCACUACUAGAUUUUAAGAACAUGAAUAUUAAAUACUAUUUCUGGGAUGAUGGAAAUGGUUUAAAGGGUCACAAUAACGUCACAUUAACUCUUUCUUGGAAUAUUAUCCCCAAUGCUGGUCUUCUACCUAACAUUCAAGCAAUUGGGCAACAUUCCUUCAGAUUCCCAAAGGAAUACACACAAGCCAGAGUAUGAUUUAUAGUGGAAGAAUAUUAGAUGUGUAUGAAUUUGUGUGGUGAUUUUUUAAAAUGAAUAUACAGUUUAAUUUGAA